UCCUAUUAUGGAAGUGCGAGUGCUGAUAUAGAGAAAUCCAUGAAAAGGUCGAGUCCACAGAUGGGUAUAAGAAGCUGGAUAUGUCCAGAGUAACCUCUCUCACUUCACUAUCCACUCAAACACAACCACCACCACAAAGCCAAACUCCUCCUUUAUUCACAAUGAAGUUCACUGCUACUCUCUUCGGCCUCUUCGCCUCUCAGGCCCUUGCCGUCAACAUGUACUCGGCCCCCAACGCUGAGAAGGAGUGCGGUGCCCUCGGCGUCGCAAAAUGGGAUCUCGAUGCCCUUCCCGCCGGCACAGACGUCUCUGAGCUCCGCAAAUGCAAAGAGCAUCCCCUCUCCCUCAAGAUUCACAGCCGCAACCCUGACGCUACCAAAGUCAAUGUCCUUCAGAAGAGAAAGUGCACUUCAUCCAAGGGCAAGCCCAGGGUUGGCUGUGACAAGCAUUGGUGCUGGCAGAACUGCGGCAGUCCCAGGGAGGUCGAAUGGGGUGCGUGGUGCUGGUCUGCUCAUAAAUCUGGUACGGGUGAUUGGAUGGCCUGUAACAGUGUCAGUGACUGUCCAAGUGACGACAGCGCCUGCGCCAAGGGCGACUGCAACCAGUGUGGUUGCGGCUGCUAAGCUCUCAACACCUUCACGAUGAGUUGUUCUAAGAUGGAAACACGGUCACUUACUCGGGUACUUUUUGGAGGGCAUUCAUGAGUUGGCACAUAUUGGGACAAACUUGAAAUACGUAUGGCUGAGACUUCAUAUCCUAAAGGGAUGUCGACACUCUCUAGUUACAGAAAUACAAGCAGGAUUGCUUUUGGGGACUCUAAAUUAUCACUCUAUUAGGAAGCUUCGGAGGAUUAUCUUACUCUAAUUCAGUGCAAAAUCUUUAGUCUCGUGGCACGCAGCAUUGACGGUUUUCAUCGAUAUGGAGCAACACAGAGGCUGCAUAUCCCAGAAAUGUUGUGAAGUAAAGGAUCCUCAAUCUAAAGAUAUACAUUAUGAAUUGUUACUGGGCCUUAGCAGCGUUUCCAGUCUUGUGUCUUGUUGAUAUUGGUAUCCAUAUUCCAAGUCCAGUCAUACAAAACGAAAACUUGCUACAUUCCUUCUUUUAGCCCUUUUUAUAUAGAUAUCAAACCAUACCAACGCAAUAGUCUACAUAGCAUUGAAGAAACCAAUGUAAAACAC